GUACAACUCUUCAAGUUUCCUGUCUCAUGCUCAUCAACCACAUUCUCAGGCUUCGGCACCUGCAAACACUAAGAAGAUAAUACCUCAGGGAGAAUGGGACAGACGAUUACAUCAAGUGCCUUUGACGAAACUGAUGAAGAGUAACAUUUUUUGCAUGUAUUAUCUGAAAAGCGCUUCACUCUGCUCAAGCUUUUCUUUUUUUCUGUAAAUUUCCAAUGCUAAUUUCACUUUCAAGGGAUCUCAACCGUUUGAUCAUGGACUAUCUGAUAAUCGAAGGAUACAAGUCCGCUGCUGAGGAAUUCGCAAAGGAGGCAAAGUUUCCUGGUGUAUCAGGAAAGCCUUUGGAUGUAGAUUUCGACAGCAUCGAAAGUAGGAUGAACAUUCGGGAGGCGUUGCAGCGGGGGGACAUUGACGAUGCGAUUCGAAGGGUGAAUGAGCUGAAUCCAGAGAUCUUGGACACGAAUCCUAGUCUCUACUUUCACCUACAGCAACAACGAGUGAUUGAGUUGAUACGUCAAGGCCGAAUUAUUGAAGCAUUGCAAUUUGCGCAAGAAGAACUGGCGCCUCGUGGGGAAGAGAAUCCUGAGCUUUUGAGUGAGCUAGAAAAGACGAUGGCUUUAUUAGCGUUCGAACGGUGCGAUGCGAAGCCGAAUGGGAUUGGGGAACUGCUCUCUGCUGGACAACGGUUAAAGACUGCUGGAGAGAUGAACGGAGCUAUACUGGAGAGUCUAAGCCAGGGAAAAGAAGCGAAACUGGAGAGUUUAUUAAAGGUAAUGGUUUGGGGCCAGAAAAUGCUUCGGGAGGAGGUGAACCUGGAGGAUGUGCCUAGUAUAAACGCGGUGUGACAUUCCGUG